CUUUUUUGGGCAGAAAACGACAAGAAACUGCGGAUAUCCUGUCUUCAAAAAUAAUUAAUUAUGGCAGUAAUUUAAAAAUUUUAAAUCCGGCUAAUCCUUCAUGAGAUUUGUCCAUCCAGAAAUACUGUUAAAAUCUCACAAUGCGGAAAAAACACUUCUCCUCCGGCUAAAAUCAUCCAAAAACAAAGAUCACAUAAAUAACCUUGUUCUAAAGUAUUUACCAUCACAUAAGGACAAGAUAAUGGAUAUAAAUGUUUAUGUGCCGUCAGAUAAAACAAGCAAAAUUGGAAAGGUGAUAGGAAAAGGUGGAUGUAAACUAAAGGAAAUUGAGAGAAUAAGUAAUACACGUAUUAGGCUGCGAAGAGAUGGAAAAGUGCAUUUUAAUGUGAUAAGAGAAGCAGAUGGCGAUCUGUGGAUAGCGCAAGACAUGAUUAAUUGCAUUUUAGCGGACGAACAACAAGAUAAUGAAGCGAGAGAGUACACCGAUUGGGAGAAAUACUAUUAUUGGUGGUAUUAUUACAACGUAGAAAAUAAAAAUAAGCACCAUUAAAAGGACAUUAAAGAUGAGCUGUGAGCUUAGUUUAAAUAUUGAGUUCUUGGUUUUAUUUAAAACAGGCAUGGUAACACGAAGUUAAGUUUUUUGUGCUUCUAGAUUGGAAAAGUACUGGUAGCUGGACAAAGAAACCUGAAAAUUACUCGAAAAAAAUGAUUAGAGACA